AAAAAGAAGCAGCGUGUGAUGAGUGUCUAAAAAGCAAAAGGGAGACUGGUCUCUCUGAUUCCCCAAGCAGGCAGCACAUUCAAUGCUCUCUAGUCUCUCUGAUUCAACCAUCACCCAACAUCCCUCCCUAUAAAACCCACCCUAAGCUCGAAACAGUUGAGUACUCUCUCUCUCUCUCUCUCUGUUCUUCCAUGGACUCUCUGAACUUCCUCAAGUUCUGGAGGAACAACCCCAGUCCAAUGACCACAACAACAGCACAACCUCAUCUUGUGGUUGAAACCGACAUUGAAUCCGACGACGACGAAGAAGACUCCUUCUUCGACUUGGAGCUCACCCUCCAUGACAUGCAAACACCAAAACAGACCAAACACGACACUGAUGAUGUUCCCUCCAUCUCCAAGCGAAAGGUGCUCCCAAUCGAGCCUAUUUCAAAGCCCCAAUCCCCCAUUGCUCUCCUUAAAUCCGCUCCCAGCUUCAGAAUCUUCACCUUCAGGAAACGCACCAACACAAUGCAAAAAACAGAGGACAAUCCACCACACUCUAGCGGAAGGCUCCACAGUACUAGUAAGGUUUUCGCGCUCAAGCUCCAUGUACAAGACUUCCAUAGCUGUUCUUCUACUCCAACACUCAGCAGAGUCAACAGCACAAGAAGCUCUGGAGCCAAACUUGGAACCGAGCAACCCAAAACACACAGAUUUUCAAAGGAAUCAUUGCAGAAAUACUUGAAGCUCAUAAGGCCUUUCUAUGUCAGAGUUUCCAGGAACUAUGGUGACACCACGGCGUCGCCUACGGUGGCCUCUGUUUCUUCAGGAAAUGCAAGACACAGUAGUUUUCCGGCGGGGAUGAGAGGUGUUUCUAGGCAUCUGGGGAAGAGCAGGUCAUCGCCGGCGGCGUUGGUCGGAGUCGGUUCUCUGGCCAGCAGGAGUGAUGAUACUCUACUGCUGCAGCAUGAUGGGAUCCAAGGCGCCAUCCUUCAUUGCAAGAGGUCCUUUAACUCCCGAGAUUCUUCAAACGCUGAUUGUGUUGAAGAAAGGUCGGUGCCUUGGAUGAGGAACUCCUUUGAAGACAAACACGCUCUUUAAAUUUUGAAAAUUGAGAUCUGCCAGGAAAAGAGAACCCUACAAGAUUGUAAUUAAUGGUAAGAAAGAAAAAGAAAAAGUAGCAGCUACUUAGAAACCAAAGAUGGUGGUUUUGUAAAGAAAGAAUGAGAUUAAGGUUUAGUGUGAUAUUAGGGUCUUUCUUUCUGUUGGUCAAUGUACACAUUGAUGGGCCAUGAUAAAAAGAAUCUAAUUUUAUCUCUCAUGUCA